AUGAUCCACGCAGCCACGAUCCUUGUCGCCGCCCUCGCGACGACCGCCGCCGCCGCCGACGUCUUUGGCCAAGAAAGCCUCGACCUUGUCCGCGAGUUUGAAGAGUGGAAGGCCAGCGAGGUUGGUCAGCAGGCCAUCGAGAGCGGCUUUGUGCCGACCGUCGAGUCGAACGGCCGCCAGGAAGGCGCCGAGUCGGAAGACGCGAUCCAGCUCCAGCGCUUCCAGGAGACCAAGAAGAUCGUCGACCAGCUCAACAAGGAGCACCCUGAAGCCGAGUUCUCCGUGCACAACCCGUUCGCGCUCCUGAACGAAACCGAGUUUGCGGCCUUUGUCAUGAAGUCGUUUGGCAACGACGAUCGCAAACUGCGCGCCGCCGACCACGUUGCCCGCGAGCUCACAUCGGCGCAACGCGAAGCGAGCGACGUUGACUGGGCCACCCACCAGUGCAACGGUCCGGUCAAGCACCAAGGCGAGUGCGGGUCGUGCUGGACGUUCUCGUCGACGGGCCAGGCCGCGUUCUCGCACUGCCUCGUGACGGGCCAGCGUCUCGACCUCUCGCAGCAGCAGCUCGUGAGCUGCGCGCGCGGCGCCGGCAACGGCUGCCAGGGCGGCUGGCCUUGGAAGGCGCUCGACUACAUUCGCGAGACCGGUGUCUGCAUGGAGUCCGAGUACCCGUACCAGUCGGGCAACACCAAGCAGGACGGCCAAUGCUACAGCUGCAACAAGCAAAAGCUACAGAUCGGUCGCACGGUCGAGAUCCAAGGCGAGAGCGCACUCCAGAACGCACUCUCGAGCCAGCCCGUCCAGGUCGUCGUCGAGGCCGGCAACAACGUCUGGAAGAACUACAAGCGCGGCGUGAUCCGCCAGUGCCCCGGUGCACGCUCGGACCACGCCGUCUUGGCGGUCGGGUACGGCACGAAGGACGGCGUCCAGCACUUUAAGAUCAAGAACUCGUGGGGCACUGGCUGGGGCGAGGGCGGCUACAUGUACCUCCAGCGCGGCGUCGGUCGCCAGGGCAUGUGCAACGUCGCCGAGCACCCGUCGUACCCCGAGAUUGGCCGCCGCAACGACGACAACAACAACAACAAUGACCACAACAACAACAAUGACAACAACAACGACGACAUGAACCCGACGGCGGCGCCCAACGACCAGUGCAACGGCUGCGACGGCUGCUACUAUCCGUACCACGGCAUUUGCCAGCAAGGCUACGACGCUGGCAACUGCCAAAUGCUUGCGCCGUACUACGGCACGGUCUGGUGCGGCUACUAAGUCGUGGAUCGGUCCCAGCGUCUUGACGAGGUUUGGUUUCACCUGGUUGUAACAUCACUACGUAAUGCA